UUUUCUUUACCCUUUCCACAGAAUGCCCUGGUUUCUAUACGUGGGCUACUGGAACUACAGAACAGUAGUGGCGUUGUUUACCGCAUGACAGGAUGCAUUGCAGCUCUCCAUUUCGGGGGCUUCCAACACAGACGUUUCCUUCUACUCGCAUCCAUUUAUUUGCUUAUCUUUCCGGAUGUUUCGCCGAACGCCUUUUGCGCACGUGUCUGUUUGAUAUGUCAUGUGAAAUUGCAUUGACGAUCUGUCAGUGUUUAUUUCGAACCCUCUUUGUGUCUAUCGGUUCUGAUGCAAGUCUUUCAUUAUUUGCUGGAGUUGUUUUUUGUCUUUAUCAUUUAGUUUCACUCAUUCUGAUGACGGCGUCAACGAGCAGGGUAAUUUCGCAAUAUUAUUUUCUGAAUCAAUCAGGAUCACACCUGUAGCUGAAGGUCUCUGGCUGCGAAGGAAACUCAUUGAUAGUCGAGGGGAAGAGAGUGGCUGCACGAUGUAUCAGAAAGCGGCGGGGUUGAUAGGGAGAAAUCCUUUUCCGUGACUUGGACACUCUUGGGCACAUGACCAGUUUACUGCAUAGGCUUGUAGCCACAGCCUCAUGAUUGUAAUCUUUUUGGAUCAGAC